AUGGCCAGCCGCAUGAUGGAGCUGUCCGAGUCUGCCUCGGAGGCCAGCGAGGACGACUCCAUCUUUGACUCGGAUGUGGAGACCAGCGAUGACGAAGGCUAUGAGGGCAUUCCCACGUGGCAGACUGCAGCGAACAUUGGAAAGAACAUCAUUGGUGAAGGCAUCCUGAGCCUCCCAGCAGGCUUGGCUGCUGGCACGGGAAUCAUCUCUGGAAUCUGUGUCACCUUGGUAUUCUACGUUGUCAUGGUGUACUCGUUCUGGACGUUGGGACGUGUCUGCGAGGCAACAGAAGAGAAAAACCACAGGGGCAUGGGCCAAAAAGUCACCGAUGGAGCUUUCUUUGGGAACUUGAUGGCAGCUACGAACUUGGUGAAGACGUGUUUCACUUGCACCGCCUAUGCUUUGGUAAUCGGAAGGAACGGAGAGGAUGUUCUUUCUCAAUUUGAAGGAGAGUCCUGGUUUACAACAAAGCGUGGCGCAUGGCUGACCAUACUGUUAUGCGUCCUCUUGCCCCUAUGUUUGCUUCGAGACAUGGGAAAGCUUGCAUGGACCAGCUUUGUGGGACUUCUCUGCGAGGCUGGCGUGGUCUUCUUCAUGAUAUGGCGCUGGGCAGAUGGAUCCUAUGAGCCCGGUGGCGAGUUCUACGCCAGCCAGAGAUCGGGCACUCAGGUGGCUUGGAAGGACGGCGGCGGGCCUGAAGUAUGGACCAUAAGUCCUUCCACGCUGAGCCUCAUUGCAAGCAUGGCUACCGCAUUCCUCGCUCACUACAACGCCCCGAAGUUCUACCAUCAGCUCAGACACCGGACUCCUCGACAGUUUCUUGUAGCCAGCUCUGCUAGCUUCACAGCUGCGCUCGUCUUGUUCCUCUGUUGCAUGGUGGUCGGGUACUUGACAUUUGGGAAGAACUGUUCCGGCAACAUUCUGCACAAUUACUCAGACAACGAUCCAGGUGCUUCAGCUUCGAGAUCUGCCAUGCUUCUGGCAGUGACAUUCGGCUUUCCAAUUGCCUUCACAGGUCUUCGUGAUUCGGCGUUGUCACUCUUUGCGUGUUCUUCUCGCCGCCGAGUUUGGGUCCCACUGACACUGGGGCUACUCACGGUGAUUGGUACUCUUGGGUGGUGCUUGGAGGACCUCGGCGUGCUGAACAGUCUGGGAGGUGCAAUUCUGGGCUCGUUGAUCACAAUGGUGUAUCCGGGUUUGCUGCUGACAUGGGGCUACAAGUACGCUCGAUCACAGAAGGAGGACAAAUUGUUCUUCCGGAAGGUGGAAGGUAGAGUUCUUGGGCAUGCUCUGGUUGUGGGAGGUGCUAUGCUGCUUGUGUUCGGCACCGGCGUCGUUGUGUGGAAGAAGAUCUUGCACAAGCCCCUCUGA